AUGGGGGUGUCGCUCGUGUCGAAGCGCUUCCUGAACGUGUGGAACUUCAUCGUGCUCAUCUUGGGGUUUGCGCUGCUCUUGAUCACGCUGUACAUUCUGCUGUUUCAGAGCGACACGUACGCGAUCCCGAAAGUGGGGUACUGGUCGUCGAUCGUGUGCUCGGGGCUACUGAUUCUCCUGGCGGCGCUCGGGUUGUACGGGCUCCGCCAGCAGCGCUUGUGCGUGACCCGCAACAAACGGAACUACGCUCUUGGCAUCUACUGUCUAUGCGGGUUCAUCACGGGCGUCGUCCUCGUCAUGGCAGGCAGCAUGGCCCUCAAGUUUAAUAUGGUGAUUAACGACUCCAAGGCGCUCGAGUUUGCGCAGACGGCCGAAGUGUACCUGGAGGAAGCCAUCGUGGACAACCUGAACGAUUACGCAUCGACGGACCCUGCCAAGUGGAGGAAAACGCAAGAUAGUUGGUUCUGCUGUGGGUACUUCGACCUCUCUCGAGUUCAAAAUCACAUUGGCCUCAAGUACAUCACGAUGGCCCAAAGUAUCAACUCGAUCCAGGGCAUCUACUGCUCUAGUAAUUGCACAGUGUCAACUUCCGCAAGUGCCCUCCCAUCGAUACUGCCUUUUCUCAACUCGACGCAACCUGUGUGUCCAAAAGCUGGGUCGUCCUGGUGCCGCGAUGUUUUCCUCGAAAACGCACAAACCAACAACGUUUAUGUUGGGCGGGUCGCCAUUGUUGGCGGGUCGGCGCAGCUGCUGGGGUUUGCGCUUGGUAUAUUCCUUCUACUCUGCGACGUCCGCAUGAUGCGGCUCGGAACGAUGCAGCCACAUGCCCUGGAGCAAGCGAUAAAGGAGGCGCAGACAUAG